AUGGGGUCUGGUCAUGAUCACCAUCUUCCUCAGGAGAGCCUGCAAAUCAAGGAGGAGGGUAGGUUAUUUUCAAGGCUUUUGUCCAAGGAAAGCUCCAUGGCGAACUCAUCUUACCGGGUUUUGUACUAUGCGGGAGCCUCUGGUGCAGUUCCGUUCAUGUGGGAGAUUCAGCCUGGUACACCAAAGCACACAUUGUCUGAUACUUCUCUUAUUCCUCCUCUCACACCUCCUCCUUCCCAUCAUUCAAAUUCUAAUAAGGCUGAUCAGAAGUCCAUGCAAAGGCUUUCAAAACUCGGCUUUUUGUUCGCCGUCUUCCCUAGACUUUCUUUGAGGAAGGCGCUUGCCUCACCAUCAUCAUCGUCAUCUUCAUCUUCAUCUUCAUGGUCCUCCAUGGCAUCAUCAAACCCUUCGCGGUCCACUAAUUCAGUACUGAAGUCAAAUUUUCAUGGAGGCUGCUGUUUCUUGGGUCAUCCCAAGUCCGGCCUCCAUUUUGGUGUGGAUGAUGAUGAUGAUGAUCAUGUUUUCCAUCCGCCUACUUCGACUUUGCAAUUUGGUGUCAGAAGUGGAGCUGCUUCCAGAUUCAGUGGCAAAAUCAAACCAAGGUACUGCUUAGAGAAUUAA